UCCUCGUAAAACUUCUAAAAUGGAGGGGCUUUUCUCGUCGACACCUAAACCAUGAGCUUCUUGGUCGUUUUAUGAGCAACGUCUGGCAUCUUCAACAUCUCCAUUUCAGCAGAAUCACUGUAUUUGCUGUGAGUCGGAAAAUCUUGACUAGCUGAGGAACUUAAACAAUGUGUUCGAAAAAAUCUGAAAACCUGAAGCCCAAAAAUGUCGAAAACACACAAACCCCAGAAAAUAAUGUGAAGGAGGAGUUGGGAAACGUGGAAAGGCAAACAAUGUCGAUAUCAAAAGAUCUGAAUUCAGUCAAGAAAAUGAAAGGCGUGGAAGGGUUCGACAGUUCAACCUUAAACGCAAAGCUGCUCAUCUUAGAAACAAAGUUUGAGGAAUCAAAAGAAAAGAUCGAAAGGUUGAGAGAAGAUUACAUUUUAUCGACUGAAAGAGAAAACAGAGCUGCCAUUCGAUACUCUAAUCUUCGAGAGGAUCAUUGCAAGAUGAUCAGUGAGAAAAACAAGACUAUCUCCGAGCUGAAGGACAAAAUCGAAGAAAUGGAGAAUCUAAUACAGGAAAAGGAUGACACCAUUGAAGCCUGCAAACAGAAGAUCAGCUGCAGCGAGGCGGUGCUGGUGCAAAUGAACGACGAGAUUCAGAAUUUGGAGAGACAGAAAGUGAGUGUGGAGCAGAAUGUCGAUGAACUGAGGAAAGAACAGUUGGAGUUUCAGCAGAGAAUGAAGGAGUCGAGGCGCAGAAAUUUGGAGGCUUGUCGAACUAUAGAGCGUCUCAAGCGCAGGAAGUCGGAGGCUGAUAAGAUUGGUAAAGGUAGAUUAAAUUCUGUCGAGCAUUUGGCGUCAAGAAUUGCGAGAGUGGAGGAGGAGUUUGCCGCUGUUUUGGGCAUUGAGGUAGAUGAUAUAAAGAACUUUUUGGAUGAGCAUGUUGGUGUCGGGGAGAAUGAGAUUCGAGCCUUUAAAUGCAAAGAUUUACCUCAGACUGCGAGAGUCAGCAGAUAUCUGAUUGGAAGUAAGCGAGCAAGGAACUCGGAAAUCAUCGACAUAGAUAGCGAGACAAGUGACGACUACGACGACAGUAAAGAUGAGGAUUACAACCCUUCACCUGAACAAGAUACAGGAGAAGGGACUCAAAAGUCCAAAGCAUAAAUCCAAUCACCCGACGCAAGAACGCUUCGAAGAAUAUGAAAUAUUUUGUACAGAGAGAAGCUGUGUUCAUGCUACUAUGUACAUGUAUUGCCAAAAUCUAUUGGACAUAGUAUCUUACCCAUUUUUGAAGCGAUGGGGUAUCUAAUUAUCAUCGCCUGUUUUUGUAGAUCUCAAAUAAAUCUAAAUAUUAUUUAAACAAAAACUCAAAUCAACA